AUUGUUACUAUUUCUGCUCGUUAUACACUAUUGUUAUAGUUAUUCUCAUUCUAUUCUCUAUAUAAUCGCGUAGAAUAACAUAUUAACACAUCAAUUGAUACCCAAAUACACAUACGCACUCAGACGCACUUCAACCCGGGUAACUUCUCACCUGUUCCUGUUCAGUUCUCUUCUCUUAUACUUCUAUCUUAUAUCUCACUUCUCAUAUCUUAUCUUCUUAUAUCUCACUCUUAUAUCUACAUCCUCACCAUGACAGACAGACUCACUCAGCUCCAGGACGCAAUUGACCAGCUCGCUGUGCAAUUCUACUCCGCCAUCCACUAUCUCUCGACUCAUCAUGACUUUGUCCCCCUCGAAGGCGAGCCCAAGGCCACUGAUGCCCACCUGGUCCCCGACGAACCUGCCGUGUUUGAAUCCGCCAAAUCAGAGCUCGCCCGCGACAUCAUGGUCCGCACCCGCCAAAUCGAUCUCCUCAUAGCCUCCCUCCCCGGCGCCGGUGUCUCCGAGCAGGACCAACUUCAGCGCGUCCAGCAACUCGAGCACGAUCUCGAGCAGGCCGAGCAGGAGCGGCAGAAAUGGCUCGAGAGGAGGGAAAUGUUGCUGGCGAAAUGUGAUAGCGUGAUCUUGCAGCUUGCAAAGACGAAGAAUGAUAUCGAGUCUGCCUGAAGUAUUUUUCUAUUGCCGGUUUAUUCGAUCCUAUGCAGAGCGUAGUCGCUCUGUUCUGCUACGUUGCUUUCCGCUGCAGUACUCAGCACAUCAGCACAUCAGCACAUCUGCACAUACGCUCAUCUGCCUGCAGUCUCCAAUCUACUAAACCAACAGACAAGACAGACAAGAACCCAACAGAUUCCACACAAGCAAAGUCAGAAGACAGGUCGCAGCAGAUCUUCUAAACUCUCUGUGAAGAUCAAAAAAACAGCGCCAGGCCUGAUCUCGGCGCUCGACUCCAGUCCCCGGAACCCUCGGCUUUUUUUUAUCCGACGGUUGGUGGUCGAAAGAGAGAUCUUGCUUCAACAGCUUUAUUUCUUGGAUAUAUCUCUCUAUAGACUUGAUAUAUUGUAAUAUAACAUCUACAAAACAUAAUAUAAUAACAAAAAUAAAUCUACAUAAAGCAAAUGCUGUAGAUUCUUUCUC